AUGUGUAUAAGAGACAGAAAGAGAAAAGUGACGAGAAGACAAGAUUCCAUUAACUACAUUUCAUAUAAUACAUACUCAGAGGCCGCACUUCCUCCAUUGUGCUCCAAAGAGGCUGGUUUUCUUCUUUCUUCUCAAGCCAUAUUGCAGGUGCUCGAAACUGCCGCCAACGCUUCCCUAAUUCCACGCAUUGAUCACUUCUUAGCAGUAACUCUACACAAAUAUAAUUCUGGACGAAUGAAAAUAAUACAUAACAAGGUUUUCUCAACGAGUAUAGCUGAUGUCUGCGCCUUGAGAAAUCUAGCAACGACCCCAGGAAUGUUCUCCGUAAGUAGCCAUGGAAUACAUUGGAAAAAUUUAUCCAGUAUUUCGUUUCUGAAAACGUGUGACGACCCAGAUCUCGAUUUAGUGCUACAUAGUAAAGUUUCAAACGACGAGUAUUUUGGAAAGACUUUAAAGUUCAUUCAUUCAAAUGAAGAUGCAUGCGCAGACAUUGACAACGAUUCUGAAGAGUCAUUUUUGGUAGCACUCAUUAGCACGUCACCAUGGAAUCACCAACGACGCAAUGCAAUUAGACGCACCUGGGGUGCGAGUCGAAAGAUAGACAAUGUUAAUAUAAGGGUUUUAUUUGUAACCGGUGUUACACAGAAGGACAAUCAAUUGUAUAAUACAAUCCUAGUGAAUGAAAUGUAUGAAUUUAAUGACAUUAUCCAGGCUAACUUUAUAGAAUCUUUUCACAACCUUACGUUAAAGGUCUCACUUGGGCUCAAAUGGAUGACAUUGUACUGCAGCCAUGCUCAAUAUCUAUAUAAAGGCGAUGACGAUAUGUUCGUUAAUUUCGAACGUAUUGUCAAAUUUCUACAACAGAGAUUAAUUCCUCGGCCAUUUUAUUUAGGUCAGGUCAUGCACAGAACCAGGACUAUCCGUAGGCCGACGUCCAAAUAUUUCAUACCAGUAAACGUAUAUUCUGGAAAGUACUUCCCGCCGUUUUGCAGCGGUGGUGGGUAUAUUAUCUCCACGGACGUUAUCCCUGCCAUGUAUAGAGCUGCCCUAAAAACACCAUUAUUACCGAUUGAUGACGCGUUUCAAGGAAUAGUGGCCAAGAAAACCGAUGUGAGCCCAACCAUGAUUGACCAGUUCAAAAACCAUGGCGGCCCAAGUGACCACUGCGCCUUACGUUCGUCUAUGACGGUCCAUGGGUUUAAAAUUGCAGACCAGCUGAUGAAAGUGUGGAGUAACUAUACAGACACAACAUUGACAUGCCCCGAAGAUUAUUAACAUUAUCACAUGUUAAAUUAUAAUAGGCCCUAUACCAUAAAAUAAUUAAUCUACUUUAAUAAUAAUCGACCCUCGCUGCUCUCGUAAAGCGGCGCACGUGACGUAGAUUUUCGUUCGAAUGGCGUGCGUAAAAGCUUACAGCGUUAUAUUGAGUAAACGUCAAGGUGCACAAUUCAUAUAAACCUUAACCUUCAAAUUACUAUAUUUAACAUAGAAAAGAAAAAAUCAAUUUAGUCUGAAAUACUAGCUUUCCUUGUGCAGCUGGAUGACAUGAUGCAGCUUUGUAGAUAAAGUUCUUGGUCAAAUACCUGAUGGAUUAUUGUCAAUCUACUGUACGGUAGACCUAUUAGUAAAAUAUUAAACUGUCUUACAAUCGUUUCGUGUCCGCUGCUAUAAUUAUUCUGCUAUAGCUGCAUUUAUCUCAUCUACUAUAUAACUAUCCUUGCAAUGUAUUGAGAUUUACGUAAUCAUAUGAUGAGAUUUGAUAUUUGGGUCAUUUGUUAUAGUUUAUUAUCAAAGCUCAUUUCCAGUCUAUUUAAUCACUGUCAAUAUUUCAAUUUGUUUCUCUUCAGUAUUCAGAUUCAAUAAUAUGAAGUAAAAUAUAACACUGGGAAGACCGGAUUGGGUGAAGUUCCCUACACAGUUUAAAGCCAUCUAAUAGUAUGCCUAACAGCACAGUUUUAACUUCACCAUCGGUUACAAUCCUUGCUUGACACACAAACGUUAAGCAACUCCUGCAGAUUGAAUUUAGAAUGACGGCCGUGUCUAAUUUCUGAUUCUUUUAAAGGGAUAUUUUUAGUCUUUAGUGAAUGAUCCAGUAGCAUAGUUCUUUUGAGAGUUGGACACACACGCAUCCUGAAAAAAAUAAAAUUUUUACUACAGUAUAUUCUUUUAUAUAAUUGCAAAUACAUAUUUUUGGUUUUAUUUCUUAUUGUUUCGACUUAACUUUUUAAUUACUAGAAACAAGUUUUAAUGUUCUGGAAAUAUAAUUUUGUUCAUAUUUUGUUUACUUUAUAUAGGCCUUCCUAU